CAUAUAGAACCAAUUAUGGGGGUGAGAGGCCUACAGGGCUUUGUGGGAAGUACCUGCCCACAUAUAUGUACCGUAGUAAAUAUCCGAGAGCUGGCAGAGCACCACCGGACCAAGUAUCCUGGACAUACUCCUACGAUUGUGGUGGAUGCCAUGUGUUGCCUCCGGUACUGGUACACACCAGACUCUUGGAUCUGUGGUGGCCAGUGGCGAGAAUACUUUUCUGCACUGAGAGAUUUUGUAGCAGCCUUCGAGUCCGCUGGCAUCAAGCUGAUAUUUUUCUUUGAUGGCAUGGUGGAGCCGGGUAAGAGAGACGAGUGGGUAAAGCGAAGGCUGAAAAACAACAGGGAAAUCUCCAAGAUUUUCCACUAUAUCAAGUCAAAACGAGAUCAGCCAGGCAGAAACAUGUUCUUCAUUCCCUCCGGGCUGGCCAUAUUUACACGAUUUGCUCUAAAGUCUCUGGGCCAGGAAACUUUCUGUUCACUACAAGAGGCAGACUAUGAGGUGGCUGCUUACGGUCUCCAGCACCACUGCCUGGGGAUCCUUGGGGAAGACACUGAUUACUUAAUUUAUGACACUUGUCCCUACUUGUCAAUUGGCGACCUCUGCCUGGAGACCCUCGAAACCGUCAUGCUCUGCCGAGAGACGCUCUGUGAGAGCCUAGGCCUCCACGUGGCAGACCUUCCUCUGCUGGCCUGUCUGCUCGGCAAUGACAUCACCCCAGAAGGCAUGUUUGAAAGCUUUCGGUACAAAUGUCUGUCCUCCUAUGCCUCCGUGAAAGAGAACGCUGGCAAAAAAGGAAAUAUUAUCUUAGCCGUCUCAGACUACAUCUCCAAAGUUCUUCACUUAUAUCAAGGUGAGAAAAAGAUAGAAGAGCUCUUACCCUUGGGACCAAACAAAGCUCUUUUUUACAAAGGAGUGACCUCAUAUCUUUUGCCAGGGCAGACAUCUCCAUGGUUAGUUCAAAAACCCAAAGUCGUAAUAACAGACAAGCAAGUGGCAAGUUUAAACCCUGAGCCUAAGCAAGAGGUUCCCAUGUGUGUAGAUCCUGAAUCCAAGCAAGAUGUCCCUGUGUGUACCGAUCCUGAGUCCAUGCAAGAAGUCCCCAUGUGCACAGACCCUGAAUCCAAACAAGAAAUCCCCAUGUGCACAGACCCUGAAUCCAAACAAGAAAUCCCCAUGUGCACAGACCCUGAAUCCAAACGAGAAGCUUCCAUGUGUCCAUACCCAGAGGACAAGCAAAAGUUACCUUCAGAAACAGAGGCUCAACUUAACGUGCAAGUACUCAUGUGCAUGCACCCUGAAAUUAAACAAGAAGACACCAUGGAUUUAGAACCCGAGAUAAAACAAGUAACCAUGGUUUCAGAGUCGGAAGUCUUAAAGGCUGCCAGAAUGCAUCACGUCCACUCUGAGAGCUACCUAGUGUACAACAUUAUGAGCAGCGGAGAGAUCGAGUGUAGCAACACCCUGGAGGAUGAGCUGGACCAAGCUCUGCCCAGCCAAGCCUUCAUCUACCGCCCGGUCCGGCAGCGAGUGUACUCGCUUCUACUUGGGGACUGGAAAGAUGGAGCCAGCACUGGCCCAGUGGUCAAGGAGUGGUUUGUGUACCCUGGGAACUCCCUGAGGCACCCAGACCUUGUUCGGCCUCUGCAGAUGACCGUUCAAGGGGGAACACCUAGUUUGGAAGUUUUGUGGCUGAGCCAAGAGCCGGCAGCACAGGCCCGGCGCCUAGACUCAUUGCUGGCCUGCUUCAAUCUCUCCUCCUCAAAAGAAGAGCUGCAGGCGAUUGAAAGCCCUUUGAGGGCUCUGUGCUGCCUCCUAAUCUACCUGUUUGUCCAGGUAGACACUCUUUCCCUGGAAGACCUGCACGCAUUUAUUGCUCAGGCCUUGUGCCUCCAAGGAAAAUCAACCUCACAGCUUGUGAACUUACAGCUGGAUUACAUUAACUCCAGGGCUGUGCAGCUGGGGUCCCUCCUCGUCCGUGGCCUCACCAUGUUGGUACUGGUGAACAGCGCAUGUGGCUUCCCCUGGACAACAAGCGAAUUCAUGCCCUGGAACGUCUUUGAUGGCAAGCUUUUCCAUCAGAAGUACCUGCAGUCUGAAAAAGGAUAUGCUGUGGAGGUUCUUUUGGAACAAAAUAGAUCAUGGCUCACCAAGUUCCACAACCUGAAGGCAGUGGUCUGCAAGGCCUGCUCAAAGGAGAGCCGACGCAUUGUAGGCAGAACCCACUGGAACACUCACUACACAGGGAGGCUGGGGAGACAGGGCUCCAGCUCCCACAGGACAGGCUCCACACAUGGCCAUCCUGGGCAAGGGCAGCCAUGGAGAGAUCAGGGUUCAGGAGGCAGACAGUAUGAGCACGACCAGUGGAGAAGAUACUAGAUGUCUCGCAGGAAGUGUGGGAAGAGAAUGCAGUGCCCAGACUCUGCCCUCUGUUAGAGUGAUGUCACCCAGACUCACCAGUGAGGAGAUGGCAACUAGAACCACAGUUAAAUGAAGGAAGAAUUACUUUUCAGAGGUUUCUUUCUCCCACAUAGACUGUAAGGAGUGUCCAUUGGUUUGGUUUCAGAGGUUGCUCCUAACCCCAUGACCCAAAAACACUCAUCACUAGAAUCACAUGUGCUCCCUGAUCUUAGCAGGACUUGAAUUCCCUCAUAUGAUUUCUUAUUAUUAAAUUGUGGAAAUGGUUUCCCAAAUCAUUAGUCUUUGAAAUCAUGGAGUCUUAAUUAUUCCCUUUACUGUGAAAAGACUCCAUGACCAAAGGAACUUAUGAAAGGACGUAUUUAAUUUGGGGCUCAAGGUUCCAGAGGGCAGAGCCCACGACCAUCUUGUCGGGGAGCAGGGUGGCAGGCAGGCCAAUGAGGACUUGCCAAAUGGGAAUCAAAGCCCACCCCCAUGGCCACGCCUCCUCCAGCACGGCCACACCUAAUCCUUUCCACCAAGCAUUCAAACAUACUAGCUUGUGCGGGUCAUUCUCUUUCAGACCAUCACACAUGGUGCCUAAUAGCCACACAAUCCGUCAGAAAUUACUUUUUCAUUACAAAUCCUAGCAAUUCUUCCUUGCAUGUGGGAAACUUGGUCCUGCUCAGAGGUGAAAUGGCUCAGCAGUUAAGAAAAGGCCACUCUUCCAGAGAACCCAGGUGUGAUUCCCAGCACGCACCUGAUAGCUCACAACUCUCUGUAACUCCAGUUCCAGGGGACCUAAAGGGUCUUCUGGCCUCUGUGGGCUCCAGGUACCCAAAUGAUGCACAGACAUACAUGCAGGCAAAAUACUCACAAAGAUGAAAUAAAGAAGUAAGGUAAAAUUUUGGUAAAGAAGCUUAGAAGUAAGGUCCUCUCUAACCUCUGAAGUUAUUACCUGUCUCCACUGGAGAAUGAGAGUCACUGUGCCCAGGAUCCUUACAGCCAUGCUGUAUCUUUGGGGACACUUGGUUCCCUUGGGAGAUGCAAGCACUCCUGACCCCUGGGGAGAUACAUCUUACCAGUGCUUCUGUCUCUGAAUUUUAGUAAGCUUCUAAAACUGCUCAUUUUCACCUUCAUUCUGACAACCACCCAGACCACUGGCCCAAGCAUGCUGUACAGAGCUCUUGGGUAGGUCUCACCUUGAAAUUCCUAGUUACCAGAAAGGUAUGUAGCGCCCAUAUUUGAACAGUUUUUGUUUGCUCAGCUUUUUCUGCUUCUAAAGGACUUGUGUAUACUGUGUCUGCAAGUCUUGUAGCUGCUAUGGCUUUAAUGUCUAGAUUUGAAACUGGCUUUUCUGAUCUUCCAGUUAUUUCCCUGACCCCACUUCCUGUCCUCAUUUUUGCUACUUUGAAACAUUGCUGCCUCAAGAAGUUGUUUCUUUGUGGUUUAUUUGUGUAACUUUGAAGUAAGUUUCUGAUCUCUUAGAUUGAAACUAUUAUUUCUGUGAAGGCUGUUUUCCUUCACAGACUCUGUAUUCUGACUUGUCAAUAAAAUGUGUCAUUCACAAGCUUAAAUAA